ACUUUCUCCCUCUCACGUUUCACCACUCUUCGGUACCAACAAAAUACAACAAAAUCAUAUUUGAGACGACCACCACCAUCAGAUCCUCCGUCCUACAAUCGAUAUCAGCCAUGGCAAGCGUUGGGUCCACGCCCAUCGGAGGGACAAAGUUCGAGGCUAAGAUUACUCCGAUCGUCAUCCUCUAUGGCAGCCUCAUGUUUGGCUACAAUGUUGGUGUCUCAGAUUGUUAUAUAUGGUGACUGCGGUUGGGACUUCUGGGCCAGGCGUCACUCUCCAAGUGACAGGCGGCGACAUGCAAAGUUUAGUGUUAGGAGAUAUAUAGCAAAGUUGUAAUAUGAUGGAAAACAGUAUGUUUUUUUUUUGGGAUUUUGGACAGGUGUCGGCAAUGUAGGCAUUUUCAGCUUGAAACCCACCUUUUAUAUAUAGGUACUAAAAAGAAAAAUAUAUGACCGAAAAUAUUCAAAUUCACAAAACGAUAAUGAAAGGAUCUUACCUGU